CCGCCCCGGCGCGGCCCAAGAUGGCGAAGCUGCUGAGCUGCGUGCUGGGGCCGCGGCUCUACCGCGUCUACCGGGAGCGCGGGCCGGGGCCGGCGCCCCGCGGCGCGGCCGGGGCCCGCCAGGAGCCGUCCUGGGACUCGUACUACCAACCCCGCAGCCUGGAGAAGCACGCCGACAGCGUCCUGGCCCUGGCCUCGGUGCUGUGGUCGGUCUCGUGCUAUGCGUCACCCCUGGCUUUCAUCUACCUCUACCGCAAAGGGCUGCUGACGCUGUCGCGGGUGGUGCCGCUCUCGCACUGCGCUGCCACCGUGGUGCUGCUGCUGGCCGGAGUGGCCUGUCUGCGAGGCAUCGGGCGCUGGACCAACCCCCAGUAUGUGCAGUUCAUCUCCGUGCUGGAGGACAGCCACCGCCUGGGCACCCCCGAGGUGAAGCGAAAACUCGCCAACUACAACUUCGACUUCCGGAGCUGGCCCGUGGACUUCCGCUGGGACGCCGCCCCCAGCCGAUGGGGCGCUGGGGGGGCCCCACUGCUCCGGCCACCCCCCCGCCCCCGCGGCGCCGCCCGCAGCCUCCUGGGAGCCCUCCGCAAGCUGCCCUGCCAGCUGGCCAGCUUCGUGCUGGCCCACACGCUCGGGCGCCGCAUGCUCUACCCCGGCUCCGUGUACCUGCUGCAGAAGGCGCUGAUGCCCGUGCUGCUGCAGGGCCAGGCCCGCCUCGUCGAGGAGUGUCAUGGUGAACGUGCCAAGCUGCUGGCCUGCGACGGCAAUGAGAUCGACACCAUGUUCAUGGACCGGCGUGGCAGCCCCGAGCCCCAGGGGAAGACACUGGUGAUCUGCUGUGAAGGCAAUGCUGGGUUCUACGAGGUUGGCUGCCUCUCCACCCCCCUCGAUGCUGGAUACUCCGUCCUGGGCUGGAACCACCCCGGCUUUGCUGGCAGCACGGGGGUACCGCUGCCACAGAGCGAGGCCAACGCCAUGGAUGUGGUGAUGCAGUACGCGCUGCACCGGCUCGGCUUUGCCCCCUGCGACAUCGUCAUCUACGCUUGGUCCAUCGGGGGCUUCACCGCCACCUGGGCAGCCAUGUCGUACCCCGAGGUUGGGGCCCUGGUGCUCGACGCCUCCUUUGACGACCUGGUGCCGCUCGCACUCAAGGUGCUGCCCUGCAGCUGGCGGGAGCUGGUGACCCUGACGGUGCGGCAGUAUCUGAACCUCAACAACGGGGAGCAGCUCUGCAGGUACCAGGGGCCCGUGCUGCUGGUGCGAAGGACCAAGGACGAGAUCAUCACCACCACGGUCCCUGAGGACGUCGCCUCCAACCGGGGCAACGACCUGCUGCUCAAGCUGCUGCAGCACCGCUAUCCCAGGAUCAUGGCCGACGAGGGCGUCCGCGUGGUGCGCGAGUGGCUCGAGGCCACCACCCCUGCCGAGGAGAGCGCGGUGCUGCAGCGCUGUGCCCUGGACGAGAGCUGGUGCCACUCGGUGCUGAGCUCCUUCGCCGCCGACCGUGACCCCCCUUUUCCCUGGAGCCUCGGCGAAGACCUGUCAGCUGAGGGGCGGCGGCAGCUGGCCCUGUUCCUGGCCCGGAAGCACCUGCAGAACUUUGAGGCGUCGCACUGCACCCCACUGCCCCCCCCCGCCUUCCGCCUGCCCUGGCGCCUCUGAUUCCCCCCCCCCCCAAUUAAAGGUAUUUUUUGUA